AUGGAAUCCGAGAACACUGCUCCUCACGAUCAAAUCAGUCCCCCACCGGACGAGCACGAUCACGAUGAAGAGGACGCCGUCGAACCACAGGAAGAAAUGGAUCUAUUUGACUGGCAAGCACUAGAGACAGAGUACCUCAACAAGAUGGCCGAACACAAGGCAGAAGAAGACGCUCAUCUCCAAGAAUUCGCUUCUCUGUCACGGUUCUUUGGAGUCUGGGCGGAAACAAUCUCUGGCCACGAACAGAAAAGAAGCCACCAGCGCCUGAGGACGCAAAGCACGUUGGUCAUGAAACAAGAAGACGAUCUAGAAGAGCGCAGAAAGCAUUAUGUGCAAGUUGUCGAGGCAUUUCGGAGGGCCCUUCUCAUGCUUGAGCACUAA